ACAUAUAUUGAUUCUACCAUAGGCAUGUGUUAGAUCACAAUCGUCUGCAGCACCACUUCACUGUGGUUCUGGAAUACUUGCAUUAGCCUGCUAUACAUCUACCGACACCACCUGUGUCGUUUACAGGAUGGCAAACGAUUACUUCUCUGACCAAGAAGACUACAUCACCAACCAGCCACUUCCUUCUCCCGCAGGAACGCCAUAUCACUCGUUAUCCCGACGAACUUCGAGAUACGGUACACCAGCAAGUGAGAUCGCAAGCUCACCGGCUCCUCUCCCACCGGACCCACGAAAUGGCCCCGAAGAUGCCGCCAACGAUGAAAACAUCUCAAUUCUUGACCCCCGUCGGUUCACUCCCACCUUGCACGCGAACCUAGUUUCCGAGAUCCUCAAUCUCCGGCGAGAAUUAGAUUCGAAACAUCGGUUCAUUGAAGACCUGGAAACGGAUCUUUACACGGUACGGAUCGAGAAUGACUCGCUAUCAAAGCAGUUGUCAUCAUCUACAAAAGAAGGCAAAGCGGCAAGACGUCAGCUUCAACACUUCGAAAAUGAAACUCUUGCGGCCAUAGAGGAGAUAGCUGGCGAGAGGGACAAGACUAAAGAAGCCAAUGCAGAUCUAAGGGAGAAACUCGAGGCAGCAGAGAAAAAAACGCGCAGUCAGGAGGAUGAUUCCACAAGAGUACACGAUAUGUGGGCUCGCGAAAAGGAGGCGUGGGCGGGAGAGAAACGGACACUGGAGCGACGAGUGCAUAUUUCCGAAGCCCGAUUGAAACUGCUUCUAGAUGAAAUUGCGUUGCAAGAGGCUGCUCACGAAGAAGCUGGUCUGGAGAGCGAGGGUGAGGACGUCAUGCGGGACAAUGGCGCGGGUACUGAAAGCGAUACAGCUAGCAUACGCUCGUCGCCACAACGAAGGUCAUCUACUAGAAUUGGACGUCAUUCGCGAAACCGGAGCAACAGCAGCUACAGAAGUAUCGGGCGCAACUAUCGUUUGUCUCUGAUGAGCACUGACGGGCAUGGUCGCGGCCAUGGAAUAAGCUUAGCGGAUGAACUCAUAUUUGAUGAAGAAGAGGAGGACCUAGACGAGUUGGAGCUCGAUUCUGAUGAUUUCCCGGAAAAUGAGAUGCGGGCAAGACGAACGCUCGAAUCGCGACAAUCGAUGUACCCAGACGAGAAGGCGAAACGCAUUCUAGGCUUGAGCAUCGACCAUGUACAAAAUCGGGACAAUUCUGCUACAGAGGAAAUUGAGCCUCGGAAGACGUCACAUGAAACUGCUCACUCAUCAGUUACACUUACUCCGCGAGAUAUUACUUUGAUAUUCCCGCCAACACGACCGAUAUAUGUUGAUACAGGCGUACAACCGUCUCCUCCGCCGUCGCCUACACGACUUGUUAUGAUAGAGGCAUCAUCACAGACAUUGGAAGCCACGGUUCAGAUGAAAUCCAACGAAAACUCUUCAACAGUCGCCGAGGCGAACCAAAGUCGAAAGCGUGUUUCUGUACCACUGAGCCCUAGUCCCCCGCCCGGUGUCAGCCAUGCACCCUGCUUGAUGACAUCCAGCUCAGUACAAACAGUAGACCAGCCGUUGAGUCCUCCAGAUACCCCGAAGAUCAUCAUUCCCAUGGACCAGCCUCCUUUAUCGCCUGUCUAUCAAGCUGAUGUUGUUUCCACGUCAACUCAGACAGACCCAUUAGCAGAGCCGAAGGAUACACCAUUGGUGAGCAAGAGAGCACCGCCACCAGCUUCAAUUUUAGUGCCAUCGAUCGCGAUCCAUGCUCCAACCUCAGCUCCUCCAUCACCCAGAGAACCUAUCCUGCCGCCGGGGACCAAGACUGUGUCGACACAGACAACAGGUGACCCUGCGGUGUCCAUGCGCUCUUCAGGCAUGCAGACUGAGCCUAUAAGAAUCGACAACCGCCCUGUCAAACUUCCACCAAACCUUCUUCCCUCUGCCAUAUCCUCUAAACCCGGCACCCCCGAACCGAAACCUGAUCGCCAGGCCCUAAACAAGGCUUCCAGGAAAUCCUCGCAGCAUCCUACUUCUAGCGAUACGGAGCCAUCUGCCACAAAGCCGAACGCUCGUCAAGACCUCAUCGCAUUACUUGAGAAGGCUGCAGACAAGAAAGUGGAAAACCGAUAUCCUGGGAACAACGACAAUGGCCCAUUGUCUCGACAACAUCAGGCUGAUAUUCUUAGCAGACCAUUCCGGACCAGUAGUCUAUUCGCUGGGUUUGAUGGUCCAUCAUCUGAUGAAGAUGACGAUUCCGAUGCCGAAGCCAGUGACGAUGAUUACAGAAAACCACUGUACUCGACUCCGAUGCUAUCCUCGCGUAAUGCGAAGAGUGGACGCCCAGUAAACCCUCCGACACCCGUUCCAGAAGACAAGGAAUCAGCACCGACGACUAGGCCGUCUGAAGACUCCAUCAACGUUCAUUCGAAGCGAAGCUCAGUCGAGAAACCAGCCAAGGUUGGCAAACCAUCGCGUAAUUCUAUCGGCCGUCAGCCUAGCAUCCGACGGUCUGCCAUGAUUCAGAGUGGCACUGCCGCACAUAUACGUUCUCGUAGUCCUAGUAUCGGCAGCCUUGGCUCUAGCAACUACAUGCCGAAACCACCUUUCCCGGUACCCACCCGAUCAAGUUCACGGAACAAGCCCAUGAGCAAGAGUGAAGGCUCUCAAAGCCCAACGCCUCGAAAUAGUGGUUCGCAUGCCGGUCGCCGUCCGUAUGGUAUGAAUCAUCAGCGCAAGGAUAGCCUGCGAAAGGUGCGGUCAGCGGCUCCCGUUUCAAAGGUUGGACGCUCUCGUAGCAGAUCACCGACUCUUCCUGCUACCCCUAGCAUAGCAGACACUUCUUCGAUUCCGCCUCUGCCGAGCGACAUCGUCAGUGCUAGUGGCUUUGGUCAUCGGCACCAACCGUCAACCGCGACUGCGUACACAGCUAAUGGCUCUAUCAACAGUUCUGCAACUCAGACUAGUGUUGUCGAUGCCAUUGCCGCGUCUAUGAUCGGCGAGUUCAUGUGGAAGUACGUUCGCAAGAGGAAGGCAUUUGGUGGCCCAGAGACGCCCGCAGAUGUUGCUCGCGCAGCCGAGGAGGCUUCUCUUGCUCACAAUGGUGUACGACAUAAGCGUUGGGUCUGGAUUUCGCCGUAUGAACGGGCAAUCUUGUGGAGUAGCAAGCAGCCAACGUCUGGCUCAGCACUUAUGGGCAAGAGUGGUCGCAAACUAAUCAUUCAAUCUGUCCUCGACGUUGCCGACACCAGCCCUGCUCCUAAGAACGAAACACUCUUCAACCGAUCCAUAUUGAUUCUUACCCCUGCACGUGCGCUCAAAUUCACCACCAUGUCAAGAGAGCGCCAUUACCUGUGGUUGACAGCACUGUCCUUCUUAGCCCACUCGACCUCUCCGAUGCCAGACGUAACAUCAAUGCCACCAGUCCCACCACCAGUUGAGGAGCAAGAGCCACGUUCACAAGGGGCAACACUUCGUCGUAGUCGUGUCCAGGAUUCGGUGCGUCUCGCUAAAGGCAGGGCGAACCCAGUCAUGGCCCGAUAUGCAUCCCAAAACGAGCCUGUACCCGGUCUACCUUCACUUGCUGGAUUCGAUAAACCAGUGCCAGAUUCUGCCAGUCCUCCCUCCAUCCCUCGUGUUCCACAACACGGCAGGAAGAGGAGCUCAACUGGACCUAGCGCUCCACCGCCCAAUGUUCCCUUCCGCAGCUUCUCUCAUCAGCACGUUCCAUCAGUCUAUUCCAACGGUUCAUCAGACAUGUACAGCGCUGCAGCGCCACCAUCAGUCCCCUCUUCAGUGUAUAACGGCGGUGCUCUAAGCUCCAGGACAUCUGAGGCUAGUGCUUCCACUCGCCGAACCUUCUUCGAUACCAUGGGCACCGUGCGGAUGGAGGCCUUCAUCGACAAUGCUCUGGGUGACGCUAAGCAGCUCGGCGGUCAACCUGGGCGAGCACGAGUCAAUCGUCGUCGUGGCAGCAGCCAGUGGAGUGCCAGCACCAGGGACCAAUCGAAUCGGUCUGGUGGCCUCUUCGAGGACUUCGACGCUAAUGAUCCCUUCCGCGGCUUCUAGACGAACGCACAGCAUUAACGAAUCGUUCAUGUGUGACGGGCAUGCCUAACGGCCGAACCUAUUUGACCAGCGCCUUGCUAGCUAUUUCAAUCUUCGGACCAUUUCCAUCAUUCUUGAAUACCUCUCCUUUGUUUGCACAGAUGCAUCCCAUGUUCACUGCCACGGCACACAUGUCGGGCAACAUCUUUCCUAUCUUUCAUUCUUCUCUUCUACAUUCUUGUAUUCUCACACUCUCUCCCAGCAUCUUAGGGGCCUUGCUAGAAGCGGUCGCGCGCAAGCG